AUGACGUUUUCAGGCGACAUCCAGAACGUUGAAGACCUCAAUACCGUUCUGGAAGAAAUCAACGAUCUUGAAAGCGAAGUCAACGGUAAGAUCAUCGAUGACGAGAUCCUGUCUACCAGGAAGAGGAAAGAGUAUGAACGACACAUCGAUUACAUACUCGAAGCCCACAAAAAGCUAAAGGAUGCCGAGGACUUGGACGUCCUCCAGGGCAAAGAAGAGAAGAAGCGAAUCGAAGCUGGAAUCAACACGCUGAAGUCGAUGGAAGCAAAGAUCCAGUAUGCGUUCGAGCGAAGCGACGAGCUCGAAGAGUCCGAUUAG